UUAAGUCUUUCAGAGCACAUGAUCCAUCGGUAGCUAUUUUCGAGUCCCAAAAGAUGCACCGCAGGAGUCACAGUGAAGUGAGUAGCGUACCCUUUUCGUGGGAGUACAGACCCGGGGUAUCCAAGCACAACUCACGUAAUGGGCCGGGCCAUCUGGAUCAUAAAUAUGAAAUGGAUCAUUUCAACUUCCAGCUUCCUCCUCCUCCUCCUUAUUCAUCAGAGACUAGUGCGGAGAAGGAUAUUGAUCAUAAUAAUAAUAAGCAAGCCAAGCUUUCGAUGCGCUUAUUAUUUCAACUGCUUUCAUUCAGAUUGGGAAAUUUUUUGAAGUUGGGUUGUACGGUCAUCAAGGUGGAGGAUGAUCCGUUUGUAGCUGCCUACUUGAAUUGCACGCAGAGUCCCUUCAUAGCUGACUUUCCCAGCUGCAGUAAUGGAAAAAGUAAUUCUGGUUCCAGUAGUACGGGUGUAAAGAAGACCAUGUUCACUCUCUCUUGUAAAUACUCUUGUACUGUCGGACAAAACGACGUAGUAAAAAUUUCUCAGCUUCCCAAAUAGAGUGCCGGUAUGUAUAAAACCACUGAGACAGAAACUGGCUAGGAUCGUCUUCUUGUCCUUAUUUGCAUGUUUGGUUUGUAUGGUACUUUGUAAA